UUUUCUGAUGCAAUUAAUAAUUACCCAGCAGUAUUGGUAUCCCCAAAAUGGUAAAUACCCCAGUGUUUUGGAAAGGUCAUGCCACUCUGGUUCAUAGUGCAGCUGGGGAGCUGUAAAGAAUUGGUGUCCACGGUGCCACUUGAUUAUGGGAGGGAGCACACUUGAUCCAAAAAAUCCACCCCUGGGAUAUUAAGUCAUGAUACGUUUUGUCAGCACACACAGAAUGGGACCUCAUGAUGUGUUUUAUUUUCCAUUCCACGGGACUGUAAAUACGCACAAUUUUCUAGAGCCAUUCCUCUUUAGGAAAUGGGAAGUAUUCAGUGAAAGCUCCUCGUUUGAUUAUGGAGCUAACUGGUGUCCUGAACCCGGCCCAUUGAGUGUAAUGUCAUACAUGCCUGUUUGUAAACCCUGUCACUUAUUAUUAUUAUUUGCUAUAUGGCUGUUUUGUAAUGUCCUACACUAGCAUUGUAGAGAGGAAUCCACUGCCCCAGGAUAGGUGAGAAGGACCAGAACGAUAUAGGUGUCCGUGUGUUUGGUCGUAGGCACAUUUAUUGUUAAAGGUUAGGAAGGAGGAAGGGUUUUGCCACUGCAUUGUCAGCUCUGUUAAUAGUCUUCCUAUUUUACACCAUUUUUUAAAGAUUUGCAAUAUUUUCUGUAGACUGCGGACAAUACUAAGCCUUUCUUUUCUGGCCUGAAGUAGUUCCAAGUGGUAAAUACUGCUAUAUAUACAGCCUUAAAAUACUUAGUGGUGGUGCCAGUUCUGGGCUAUAUUUCAAUGUAAAUGUUUCUAAAUUUUUAAGUACAUUCCUUGUCAUAUUCCCCAGUUAGGGGAAACCUGUUUGUGCUCGAUAUGUUGAAAUAAAACACACAACUUUCAGUGGUGGUCUAUCUGACAAAUUAUUUGUGUGUUUGAACUCAGUUUCGUGUUUUAUAGCAUUUUAUAAGCAAAUAGCUCUUAAGCCAUGCUUUUUAGAGGAAAAGCUACAGUAUAAGACCUUCAAGAAUCUCAGACAUAGGCCAUAAGUUAGAACAGCAAUAGUAUUUUGAUAGUCCUCUGGCUCAAAUUCUCUGUUUGUAGCAACUUCCUCAAAACGGAAAGAAAAGUGGUUGCCUUGACUUUUACUGUCAUACACAAAAACGUGCAGUCUUGUCUUGGACUUCGAAAAACUUUAUGUUAAGGAGGUAACCUGAGUAUAGAGAACAGAUCCAUGGAGAGAACGACAGCUCUCUGACAUGAACGGACAGAAUAAGAGUCAGUAUUCCGCAGCCAACAUUCAAGAAAUAGAUCACAAACAAUAAAGGGUGAGGGUGAUUUUGUUAUUAGCAAAAGUCUCCAGAAAAAGCAAAGGAUUCUUCGUCCUCCAGGAAUCCUCCUUGAGGAAUGUCAACGUUAUUGAUCCACACUGCCGCGGAUAGCCGGACCUCUUCCCGGUCUUUGUUCUCCGUCGCCUCCCAGGUUCGUGCCGACGACCCAGCCUCUGUUUGGGUGCUGCUCUAACUCCGAGAUCCUCCUUUGAGUGCUCUAGAAGCUCCUCCUUGGAGUGCCCUAACUUUCUCGCCUUCCCCCUCUUGGAGCGCUCGCUCUCUUACUCUGAGCUCCUCCCUUGAGUGCUCUCUCACUGCUCUGCCCUGCCAGGCUGUAUACAUCCUUAUCACCUCAUUAGCAGCUGCCCCGGGGAUUGGCCACUUCUCAGGAUCCCACAGCUGCAGCAGUUAAGACGAGCUCAGCUGCCCUACAAUUAUCUCUUGUUUACAACCCACAAUUUUCUUACAUUUACAACAUUACAUCAUUUUACAUUUUACAUCAUUUUAUUACAUUACAUCGUUUACAACAUUUACAUUUCGCUACACUACAAUCCCCCUUUUUUUGUUUCACUUUACAUUCAUCUAGCCUACAAUUCUGUUUCUAUAGUUUUCUUCCUACGCCACACUAUGUGCCUUUUUGAAGGACAACCUGCUUGCUCCUUUCUAGGGCAGUCUGACCCGUGCUAUAUGUGGUGUAAAACUCGGUGAGAGCGAGUUCCCCUGCCCUCUGCCUGUGAAAGAAUGUCCAUCCGCUAAUAAUGCCUGCCUGGCUAUGCAAAGUCCUGUAUGCACCUUUAAAGAGUUUGCUCAUAAUGUUGCGCAAACAUGUCUGCUGAUUUCCUGCUGAAACCUCCAGUUGUCCAGAAAGUGGGAUCCAUGACCUGGCAUGCAAAUAGCCAAUCUCACACACCGAGUCAAGAUACUGAUUUUAGUUCAGAGUUGCACAAGUCUGGGUGCUCACUGGCUCUCCUCCAAUCAAGCACACCUGCCAAGAGCCUCAAUUUGUUACAAGAGUUACUAAGGGAACAUAUGCCAAGCACGUCCCUCUACAAAUGACUGGGUAGUGAUUUACAUAUCAUUGUAAUACAGUUAGAUGUUGUUCAUCAUACAAGUUCUCUGCUGUGCGUGUUCAGUGAGUCGGGGUAGGCUCUAAAGACACAUUUCCUCUAUGUUUCUCUGCAAAAGUGGCAAUCUUGAUGAUAAGGCCUGAUUUAAUAUGCCUUUCUUUGGUCCAGAUGUCCGUUACAUCAGAUUAUGCGUGCUUUGAUCUUUUAUUUAGAAGAAGUUCUACUGUUCUAUUUAAUAUAGACAAAUGGUAGUGCUUAGUCACUUAUUGCUCUCCAGGUGGUCAGAGCAGUGCACGCUCUUUUGCAGCACUCCCUUUGAAUGCUUUUGCAAGUCAGCACACCUCUGGCCUCGUCACACACAACCCCCUGUGGACCACCUAUUCCAGUCACCGAACCUCUCCUUGCCCAUAGGGAUAUUUACACCUCUCGGGUACAAGUAUAUGCUGGGUUUGAGAAAUAAGAACAAUAAAUCCCCACUCGAACCGGAGAAGCAGUGCUAAACAGAAAGGUGCCUCCUGUAGGUGCAGAGCAAAUGCUUGAAAUUCUUUGGAUCGUUUCACCAGACUACGCAGCCGCAGGGAUUUCGCUGGACCUGUUACUGCAGUUAAAUGAGACAAACGAGGUUACCCUGAGAGGAGCAGUUCAGUGAAAGAAAAUAUUAACCUACGUAAACUCGUUAUGCAUCAGCAAAAGAAUUUCCAACGUUUACUGCUGCUGCCGCAGGGGGUCAAAAAUUAAUCCAGAAAGGAACAGUCGAUAAAUCUUCGUGCCGUUAAUGUCAAUCCGAUUUCAACACCUGGAGGCGAAUGUUUCUGCGACCCAGUUACGUGCCCACAGAGAAAAUCCAUAGACAGAAACAUUACUUUUCCAGGAGGAACAGCAGCUGGUGGAGGCUUUGAGAACACUUUCGGGGCUUUAGAAGCCCCAGUCGAGCACCCAGCUCGCGUGCUUUUGGAAAAAUUCUUCCAUCCUUGGCACCUGGUUUUCGUGCUCAGCGAGGUUGCAGCAACAACACCUGAGCGCCGGGCGGGGAGGCGGGACGCGAGUCACGCCCUAACACAGUUCCUUCCCGCUCCUCAUCGGUCCUAAGCAAGACCCGGUGCGCCCCGAUAGCGUCGCGCACACACGCUCUGCCCUCGUCCUGCUUCUCCGGGGAGGCGGGGGCGGCCCCGGCCCGGAUAAAGCGGGGCGGCAUCAGCGCUGGGGCGAGCUGAGUGGAGCGCGGCGGGAGCCGCUAUGGGAGCGGGAGACAGAGCGCUGGCGGGGCUGAUAGUUAUGCUGUUGAUCAUGCCUACAGCCAGAGCAGAGGGCUGUCGGAAGGGAGAAUACUUGCACGAAGGUCACUGCUGCUUAUUUUGUCCAGCAGGUACUUAUGUUGCUCAGCACUGCACUGCUCCGCAUUUGAGAGGAAGAUGUGUCCCUUGCGUUGAAGGAGAGAGUUAUACCACUCAUGAGAACGGCUUGGAGGAAUGCUUGCCAUGCAGACAGUGCAAAGAGGAUCAGAUAACUUUGAGACCCUGCGCUCUGACACAUGAUGCUGAAUGCCAGUGCAAACAAGGAUAUUUCUGCCCUGCUGGUAGCUGUGAAAUAUGUCAGAAAUGCAGUACAACGUGUCCGGAGGGGAAAGAAAUUGUGCAGAAUUGCAAUGCUACUACAGACCUGGAAUGUGGCUUACUCAACCAAGGUCCAGUACACAAAUACUGCUCAGCUUGGUUUGUGGGAAGAAUAGAUGUUUGGAUUAGUGUGAUUGUUUUUGUGAUUGGUGCUUUAUUGCUGUUGUUAGUAAUUCGAAAGCUGAAAAAUACUAAAGCUACUUCAACUGAUAAUAAAGAUGCAGAGAAAAGUCUGCACGGGGCACUAUCCUACAUGGGGACUGGAAGUAACGCAUGGAAAGGUGUUGGAAGAGUAUCACCAAGUCUUCACUACCAGCAAAACCUGGGUCAUUUCAUCCGAAUGCCCCACCUGAAGUACCAAGAGGCACAAGAACCAAACUGUCAAAUAAUUGUUAAAGAUCUUUCUCAAAAAGAACUGAGAGAUUGUUUUUGGACCUUUAUAAAGGAAGUACCACAAAAAAAAUGGAAGCAGCUUAUGAGAACUCAUCUGCAGGAAAAUGAUAUUGUUAAAAUUACAUGUGACUUUCCUAAUGAUGUAGAAGAGCAGUCUUAUCAGAUGCUUCUCACCUGGAAAAACACACUGGGAGAGAAACAGUCUACUAUUAAGUUACUGGAUGAGUUAAGGCGUCUCGAUACCAAGGCUUAUGAUAAUGUAUUGAAUGCUUUAAAAAGUAGUAACAUUAUAAGUAAAUUGAAAGCCACAGAUUAAUGUUUAUGAUGAACUUGAAAAAUGCUUCUGUGUACAUGUACACGUCUACAAACUUUCUGUAAAUGAGGACAUCAACAAACUGCUAGUAAGAGUAUUGGCAUGGACUUGACAUGCUCCUCACCUUCCCACGGGAGGCUAGAAGUGAUGUAACACCAUCAGUGUUAGCAUAGAUUCCGGUUGUGAUGUACACACUAAGGUCUUUUGAGUUGUAUGAUGAUCAGCUCGGGCGCCGGAUGCCAGCUGGGGAACAAGGAGCUCUCACUCACUUUUUCCUUUGUGUGAGGUGGGACCAUGCCACAUGAGCUCAGGUGCUGGAAAUGAGAGGUGGUUGCUGCUGCUUAUUUGAGAGGAUCGCAACAUUUUGUUUUCUGAGGUGGUUGUGUUUUUUGUUUUGAUUCUGCAUGCUCAGAACUGUUAUGUUUGAAGUGCAGCAAUAAAAGCUUGGUGG